AUGGACGGUAAUUCCAACAACAAUCGCCUUUAUCUCAAUUUCGGGAACAACAACGAGCGAUUGGCAGCUCCCGACCGGGCCUACCCCACAACGCCGUCCACCUUUCCUCAGCCCGUCUUCUCCUCGCAGCAACCCGCCCAGCAGCAGGCCGGCGGCGGAUUGCACCCUCCCCAACAAGGCUACUCGAACUACGGGGGUCAAGAUUAUUUCGUCCAGAAUCAGUACCAACAGCAGUAUCAAGGCCAACAAGCCGUCCCUGCCUACGCCUCUGCCCAAAAUGCCGCCUACCAGCAACGCUCUGGUACCCCUGGCACAAACGACCCCAAUACCGGCCUUGCCCAGCAGUUCUCCCAGCUAGGACCUGGUCGAUCGAACCCCUAUGGCGCUGCCGGAUCUUCUCAGCGCCCUCGAACUGCUGGUACGCCCGCCCAGCCCGCCUACGGGGGCUACAUGAAUGCUCCGAUGCCUUCUCAACCUCCCACCCCCGUCAACGAGUUCCAGAUCGCCCCCGAACGCAACCCCGAUAAAUACGGGCCGAAUGCCAACAAUAAUCAGAAGCGGGAAAGGAACCAAAGGCAAAGCGAGCUCGAGCAGAAGCUCCAAGAUCCCAGCCAACCCCCAGCGCGUCGAGAGCAGCUCUGGGCCACUCACGGUCGUAAAGAAGGUCAAUACCUGCGCUUCUUGCGAACCAAGGACAAGCCCGAAAAUUACAACACUAUCAAGAUCAUUGGAAAGGGUGCCUUCGGAGAAGUCAAGCUUGUCCAGAAGAAGGCCGAUGGCAAGGUGUACGCCAUGAAGUCCUUGAUCAAGACGGAAAUGUUCAAGAAGGACCAGCUCGCUCACGUGCGCUCUGAACGAGAUAUCCUGGCCGAGUCCGACAGCCCCUGGGUCGUGAAGCUUUAUACCACCUUCCAAGACGCCUACUUCCUCUACAUGCUCAUGGAGUUCCUGCCGGGUGGCGAUCUGAUGACGAUGUUGAUCAAGUAUGAAAUCUUCUCCGAGGAUAUCACGCGCUUCUACAUUGCAGAGAUUGUUCUUGCCAUCGAGGCUGUACAUAAACUCGGUUUUAUCCACCGUGAUAUCAAGCCGGACAACAUUCUCCUUGACCGCGGAGGCCACGUCAAGCUGACCGACUUCGGUCUUUCUACUGGCUUCCACCGCUUACACGACAACACGUAUUACCAGCAGCUCCUACAGGGUCGGUCGACGCGGCCGCGAGGUGACCGCAAUUCCGUGGCGAUUGACCAGAUCAACCUCACCGUGAGCAACCGUUCCCAGAUCAACGACUGGAGGCGGUCACGUCGGUUGAUGGCAUACUCCACCGUGGGCACCCCCGAUUAUAUCGCCCCUGAGAUUUUCACCGGUCACGGAUACUCCUUCGACUGCGAUUGGUGGAGUCUGGGAACCAUCAUGUUUGAAUGUUUGGUUGGCUGGCCUCCCUUCUGUGCGGAAGAUCAUCACGAUACGUACAGGAAAAUUGUCAACUGGAGGCAGACACUCUACUUCCCUGAUGAUAUUCAUCUAAGCGAUGAGUCCUCGAGCCUGAUUCGAAACCUCAUCUGCAAUAGCGAGAACCGACUUGGUCGAGGAGGAGCCCACGAAAUCAAAAACCACACUUUCUUCCGUGGCGUCGAGUUCGAUAGCCUCCGCCGUAUACGGGCACCCUUCGAACCCCGCCUAACUUCCAACAUUGAUACCACCUACUUCCCUACCGACGAGAUCGACCAGACCGAUAACGCCACCGUGCUGAAAGCACAGGCUAUCCAGCAAGGCCGCCAGGGCGUUGUAGAGGAAGCCCCGAAAUGA